AUGGAGCUCGUAUUCUGUGAUGAAGCGCUGGCCAUUGUCGUCCCCAUAGCUGCCUACUGGGUCUACUCCGGCAUGUACAUGGCGCUUGGACGGUCCAUGGACCAGUACAGGCUACACCCAAGGGACGAGGAGCGCAGCAAGAACCUCGUGCCCAAGCGCGACGUCGUCAAGGGCGUCCUCCUCCAGCAACUCCUGCAGGCCGCCGUCGCCGCCACCAUUUUCACGCUUCGAGGCAAAAGCACCGGGACGGCCGCCGGCGACGCACUUCAGCGGGCGACCUGGGCCAUGAGCCUGACGGUGGCGCUGCAGAUCGCGGUGGGCAUGGCCGUGCUGGACGGGUGGCAGUACGUGUGGCACCGGUACAUGCACCUCAACAAGUUCCUGUACCGGCACGUCCACUCGUGGCACCACCGCCUCGUCGUGCCCUACGCCUUCGGCGCGCAGUACAACCACCCCGUGGAGGGCCUCCUCCUCGACACCGUCGGCGGGGCGCUCGCCUUCCUCGCCUCCGGCAUGUCGCCCCGCGUCUCCAUCUUCUUCUUCACGCUCUGCACCGUCAAGGGCGUGGACGACCACUGUGGCCUGUGGCUGCCGGGGAACCUGCGCUCUAGCAGAUACAACUUCUCGCAGCCCUUCUUUGUGACGUGGGACAAGGUGUUUGGGACGCACAUGCCCUAUGUGGUCGAGCACAGGCCCCAAGGAGGGCUCCACGUACGGCCCAUGGAAGCCCUUAGCUAA